GCCAGAGGCUGUAGAAGCGCGCCCGGCACCCCCUCCUGUUCCAGUCCCCUCCCCCGGUGGCUUUCGCUCACCCUAUCCCCUCCCCCGGCAGCUUGGGCUGCCUGCGGGUGUGCAGAGCAGCGCUCGGCGUCCGAUCCCCUCCUGCAGGAGCCCUCAGCGCGAGCGCAGAUACCGGAGCGCUCGUGGCACCCCCUCCCCGCCGCCGAGCGACGAUGAGCCGUGGUGCGGGGGUCGUGGAGAGCAGUGAUGAUCACAAUGCCUCUUUGGAAGAAAAAGAUUGCCCUAGCCCCAACCUGGAUACUUCAAAGGACUCUAAAUCAGGAGAAGACAGCAGUUCAGAGAGCAGUUCUGAAAGUGAAUCUGAUAAUGAGGAGCCAGAAAUAGAAAAAACAAAUGGAGAGCCAGGAGAGCCUUCCGCCGAGGAGUCUUACGCUCAGGAAUUUAAUAAAAUCCAGUCUCACUGUGAACACUGUAAUGCUGAAAAUAAACACAAUGAACAAGUGACCCCCAGGCUCCUUUCCCGGGGACAGUUUCUACUGAAGGUGGACACGGAGGGAGUUUAUCAGUGCACAGAAACUGGCCUGAUAUUUGAGGUUAACAAGAAAGUGGACAUCAAGUAUUGCGUUUUGUCCUGGAGCAAAUAUGCAGACCUCAUUGUUAAGCCCUGGAUUGUUGGUGGACCCUUGUUUGAUGUUAAAUGUGACCCAGCCUCUCUUACCUCCAUUCAGUUUCCACAUUCCCUCUGCUUGGGUCACCGUGAUGCCAACAUGAUGUUCAAAGUCUUCCAUGUUAAAAGUUCUGGGGCCACAUUAGAAUAUACGGUGGAUCAUUCUGCAACCCAUGUCAAGUGGCAUGUGAGCUCUCUCUCUCCCGUGGGACCCGUUAUUCAAAGCGAAGAAGCAGUAUACCACCAUGGGGCUGUGAUUCUGUACAAAACCAUCGACCAUAAUCCCUCCUUGUCUUUUCGUGUCUACAUAGCAACCAAUAAUGAGUCCUUCAUCAAGGAUAUUUCCAAGUCUGUAAAGCACUCCUCUAAGAGAUUCAUGAAAAUCGACAAGCCUCCUGUUUGCCAGAAGUUAUUGCAGAAUGGGAAGAAAUACAGACUGAUCAGUGAACCAGAAGCUGAAAUUACCCCAGAGGAAAUUGAAUUCGUUGAUGGUUCACUCUUAAAGUUGAAAAGUUACAUUGAAGUGUAUUUGGAGCAACCAGUGGAGUUUAAAUUACUUUUAGUUGAAAUGGAUUCCGAGGAAAUUGUAUGGAAAGCAAAACUGAGAGAAUGUGACUGGGUUCAGCAUGAUCAGAAUCAGAAGAUUCCAAAAACCAGCAUAAGUGGUAACAGACGACGAAAAAUGAGUAGCAGCUUAGCUGACGAGGGGGUCUAUGACAAAAGAAUGAAGCAGGUUGAUGCCUCAGAUGGAGCGAAGAGUAGAACGCUGUUAACAGAUGCUCAGUUGAUCACCCUGGCUGGGAAGUUGGGGGAGGAGUGGAUACAAAUUGCUAUUGCCAACCUGGAGUUGGAGAUUAGCGAUAUUGAUGAUAUCCGGGAGAAGAAAGAUGAUGUUACAAUCUAUAAGUUUAAGAUGCUGAAGAAGUGGCAAGAAAAGGAGCAUUGUAAUGCCACAGCCCAGAAUUUAUAUAACUGCUUGAAAAACGUUGUUUCCAUUGAAAUUCAAGGUGUGCUGGAAGGUUUUUUACAGGAAACGUGAGGUUUGGAAGAUGAACUGAAAAAGGAAGCCUCAGGAACUUUCAUCUGCAAAAGGCCGUUUCAACUAGUAAUUGGUUAAAGACUUGAUUAGACCUUGAACUUCACCAGACAGGGGAAACAGCUUCUUUUAUAGUCAGCCCUUCCACAAUUCACAUUAUUCAGGGACAAGAGGAAUGUAAAAUAGUUGCAAAACUUUCAGAGGAGAAACACUCUAUAAUAUAGAGAUUUUUCUGUGUGCAUCUCCUGCUCACACCAUCCCUUCCUGUUCCCCCACCAAAACAAGUACACUCACAACGGGUGCUUAAAAUGACGUUGUCAACUCAGUCAGGUGAGAACUAUGGGGAUUUUCCUUUGGGAGUCUGUGAACUAUGAAAUUCGUAUCAAGUGUUUGAAACAUUUUAGCAGUUAAGGCAUGGUGUAUUUAAAUUUGUUCCAAUCUAGUUCUGCUUCUUUCAUAUUGGCAUUAAUAAUGAAAAGAGGUUUGAGUUCUUUUAGCUCCCGCACAGACAGGCACACAUGCCCCUGGUACAGUGUAUCUUUUUGUGUGGGAUAUGAUUUCUAUAUCUUAGAUUACUAACCUGUCUGGUUAACAGUCUGUUAAACUGUUACCAGAUCAUAUUAUCAGGUCCUAGGAUGAUUAGAAAGGAAUGUAUGGUGGUAUGCACUUUCAAAGGGAUCUCCUUAUCUCACAGGGAGAUAAGAUUAGUUGGAUCUUUAGAGAGUCCUUUCAGAUUUCAACAACCUUCUGAAAUCACCAGGUCAAACACUGUAUUUCUUGACUUUCACUCUGGGAUCAUUUACUUUCUGUGGGAGAAAUGCUCCUCAGAAAUAGCUUUAGCAGGACCAAGGGAAAACUGUCAUCUCUUCUUGAAGAAGACUUGCCCCAGGGAAAACUGGGCCACAUUGGCUCUUGUUAAUUGGUGAAACAUUUUUUAUAUGUAUAGAUAUUGUCACUAUCCCAGAAUCAUGCAUGUGGUGAUUAAUGUUUUGUUAACUUAUUUGAAGAAAUCAUACAUUACCAUUAGUCUUCUGGAGACAUUGGCUGGGGAAUAAAAUAAAUCUCAAUGAAUUAAUCAGAGAAACACAUUUUAAGUGUUGUUUUGCCUGUGAAGAACAAAUUCACUUUAUAGGAAAGAACAUAUUUGAAUUGUCAGGGAUCCUGUGGAAUCCAGAUCAGUGUGACUUUAUGAGAUUUUUUUAAAAACUGUACAAUAUUUUAAGAAACACAUGCAAUUUUAACAUCCAGAAACAUAAAAUACUUAACUCGAAUUUUUAAUUUUUAUUAUUUUGUUUUGUUAAGUUGUUAUCAAAAGAAAAGUGUAAUUUCAGAAGUACUGUAUAUAUAAGCUGAUUUCAACCUUUUUCAAACUAUGGAUGAAGGAAAGAAAAAUAAAUCUGCAUCUGUACAGA